GCGCGCGCGUCGGUUAUUUUCUGUCGCUCCUGCGCGCCGCCGGCUCUUGAUCGCUCCCUCGCAAGCCAGCUGAUCGCGAGCCGCACGCUCGCCUGCGUCUCGCCGAUGUCGGGUCAGUAAAAUUCCACGAUUUUCUCGUGUCCGCGUGACGAGAAAUCGCCGUCGAUAAUCGCCACGUCAAGGAUCUUCCGUCGCGCGUGUGAAACGUUUUGGAUUCUCCUCCUACUCAAUAUCCCGGUCCGCUCCCCUCCCCCGCCGCCGCCAACUCCCAGAUUCUCACCACCGAUUACUUCUGAUUUGUGCCCCUCUUUCCCUUUGACCGAUCAUAUUAUCCAAUUCCCUUCCUCCCUCUCUCUCUCUUUCUCUCUCUUUCUCUCUCUCUCUCUCUCGGCUGAUCCUUCUCUUUGUGAGUUUUCCUUCGGUCCUUAGGUCCUAAUAUCUCGAUCCGUUUAUCAUUACGUUAUACGUGAGCGUCGUCGUAGGUUCUCUCUUCCGAAAUUGUCUCUCCCGUAUACAUUCGUACAUCACUUACAUCCUUUGUUCCCGCACGUAUCAUCUCUCUUUCCGCACGUAUCAUCUCCGAUCAGAAAUCGAAUUGUGUUGUGCGCGUUAUCUUUCCCGCGCGCGCGCGCGCGCGCCCACAGAAGACCGGAGAAGAGCGGAGCGGGUGAGGAAGGAGUAGAAGAAAAAAACGACGGGGAAGAGAGAAGAGUGCGACGAUACCUUGUUCAGAGACAUGAGCGUUCAUCUCGUCCGGCGCGAUCGUUUGCUCGCAGUGUCAUUGCUCUGAUAAAAAUCCUCCCUCGCGCGAGCGUAUAUCGCAGCGUGAAGAAACCACCCGACGGGAUACCCGACGGACUUCAUCUCGUUGAGUACGCGCGCGCUCGCGCGCACACGACCCUCAGCUAUCUUCUCGCCGUACUUGAGAGCGCGCUUACAUAUACGCACGGCGCAUCGUUGGGCGGCCGAGAGCUUCCAACAAAUCUUUCCGCGCGUCAGCACGUUAGUUUUCGUGAAUCGCCGCGUUGCGCUAAAACAGCCAAAAUUCGGGUGAAGAGUGAACCGAAACCAUCCUACGCGAUGGACCCAGCCGACGAGCAGGACGUGGAGAACCCGGGUGGAGGUUCAAUGGCUAACGGAACGAAUGGGACCAACGGUGCUAAUGGACAACACCAGACGCCGGAAGGGUCGUUGUAUCAAGAAGAUAAUGAUGAAUCGGAUAUAGAUGAUGAGGCACAAGAGGAAGAAGAGUUACUUUCGCCGCCACUUCAAGUCAACCCACAAGCCCUGGACGCAGCUGGUGCGUCUUCAUUAGCACAUUUGAACAAUUUCAUGCAUCAUCCAUUACUAGCGAAGUUUAGAUUGGAGCGUAACGACGCAGAAAUGCUGCAAGGUAGAAACAAUUUGGAAGUUCUACAGGCCGCGAUGAGCAGUAACUUCGGCCUGUUUCCAUACAUGUCGCAGCCGCCACCGCCGUCAUCGCAUAUACCGCCACAGCCGUUGCAAAACAACCAUCUGCAAGUCGCGGGAAAUCUCGGGAUUCAAGGAGUUGAGAAUCAAGCAUUGGGUUGCUCUGCCUCUUCUUCCAGAGUCCCGAUUUCUACCACGCCGGCCAACGAAUCUUCGCCACCUCGCUGCAGGAAUAACGGCGAAUCUUCGCAAGGAAGCUCGAGGAAUAACGGAGAAUCGUUGCAAGGAAGCUCGAGGAAUAACGGAGAAGCUCGUGAGGGUGAAGCUCGCGCUGCGUCGGUGAACAGUCAGCAUCCAUCCGGAGCCAACUGGAGCUUCGAAGAACAAUUCAGACAGUUGUACGAGCUGGACGAUUCCGCCGAACGGAAGGCAUUCCUCGACAACCUCUUCAGUUUCAUGCAGAAUAGAGGAACGCCCAUCAGCCGACUUCCCAUCAUGGCAAAAUCCGUAUUGGAUCUGUUCGAGCUUUACAAGUUGGUGGUACAGCGAGGUGGAUUGGUCGAGGUAAUCAACAAGAAGCUGUGGCAGGAAAUCAUCAAAGGUCUCAAGCUGCCAGCGAGCAUCACUUCCGCCGCGUUUACUUUGCGAACUCAGUAUAUGAAGUAUCUCUAUCCAUACGAGAGAGAUAAGGAAGCGCUGUCGACCCAAGAACAGCUCCAGACAGCGAUUGAGACGAAUCGUCGUGAGAGCCGCAGGAACAAUUACAAUUACGGUAACAACGAAAGUCUAGUGACACGCAAUCAGCACAAUUCGCUGCCGCAGAAUCCAAUGCCGUUGCCGAUCUCCAUCGCCCAAAUGGCGGUGGCUGCGAACGAAGCGUCGCAGCAUCACGUCGUGAAUGGACAUCCGCAUGCUGCGCAACACCAUCCGCACGCUCCGCCGCAUCUUCCACCAAACCUGUCAAGUAGUCAACUUUCAGAGUACAUGAUGAGGCUACUGAGAGACAGAAGCACAAUUCCCAAUAAUCCGAUGAUCCAAGGUAGCACAUCGACACCACCGCCGACAACGGCGGAGGGAAUUAAAUCCGGACUGCAAUUCUGGAAUAUAUACAGUCAAGCCAAUAGUAAUAUCUAUCCAGCGAUGGGACAGCCAGCCUUCUCUCCAACGUCGUCCCACUCACCAUUGGUACCGGCAAAUAGCCCCGAACAGAGAGAGGCCUUGGAUCUCGCAAACUCCGGAAACAGGUUGGAUUCGAUAUCCUCUCCAAACGCUAGUAGAUCCGUGAGUUCGCCACCGGAAGUUUCGAAUCCAGAAGUGAAGAGAAGUCACGAGGCUGCUGAACUCUUAUCUCCGUCUAUUAAAAGAAUGAUGUUAUCUGAUGAGGAGGGAAAUAAUAUACACUCCCUGCGCAUUAGACAGCAGGUUAGCACACGAGAAAGUGGACGAAGAGAACUAGAAAUUAGUGUAAAUAUUGAUGGUAUUUUGUAUGAAGGUGUCCUGUCAGUUAAACGUAGUGAGAGUAAUAAUGAGAGCAGUAGUACUCCGUCAAGCCCUAAUAAUAAUGAUAAACGGGCACAAAAUAACGAAUCGUGAACGCUUUGAAGACACGUGAUUUGAUACGAAACGAAUUAGCCUCGGAGAGUCUAAUCAAUAAUUCCGCUUUCCAAACGAGACAUUCGAGCAGACAUUGUGAAUAUUUAAUUUAAAAAUAAAAAGUUACUUCCUUCUUUUAUUUCCUUCUUUUAAAUACAGGAUAAAACUUUCCAGCAUUUAUAUAUUAAAACAUUUUAUCCUGUUUUUUAAUGUUUCUUUACAAGUUUCUUUGUGAAAGGUUUAUUAGAGGAAUUAGCGAUUCUUUUCAAACAUGAAAACGCAACUGCGUUUUAAUUGGAAACUAAAGAAAUCAACUUUCCGUUUGCUUGCAGUGUAAUGUUGCAAACUUUCUUAUUACUUUGGGUAUUACCAAGUACUUAAAGUUUUAUUAAAAGUUGUCUAUAUUGUCUAUCCGAAUAUCUCAAAUAUGUUUGAAGAGCAGAGUUAUUGCGCUCGGAAAUUAAUAGUUCCGAAUAGUUCCGCAUAUAUAUGGGGCAUUCUAUGCCAAAUCGACCUGGGUUUGACCCUCGACCUCUCGGAUUUGGUCGGCGAUUUUUUAUGUUAUUGUUCCAACUCUAAAAUGCACUCAGAAUUUUUUUAGAUUUUUUUUUUAUAAAAUUGAUUUAGAUAUAAUUUUUUAAACCGACAUAUUGAUGGCCACAAUUUAAAAAUCUGAAAAAAUUCUCAAAAAAUUCUGUGUCAGAUAUCAACAUUUUUAAGCUUUGACUACAAGUGGGCCGGCGUUCGCUUCUAAUUUUUCCGAGUUUUUUUCAAAAAAAAUAUUGAAAAAAAUUAGAAGUAGACGUCAGUCCACUGUAGGCUGUUGCUUAAACAUUUUUAUAUACAACACAGGAUUUUUGAGAAUUUUUUCAAAUUUUUUUAAAGCAUUUUUCCAAAAUAAA